AUGAUUGCAUUUUUUUUAGAAAUAGCUAUGCUCAAGGCAGCUACCCAAUAUACUGAAAGCGAAAUUCGAGAAUGGCAUGACGGUUUCAUUCAUGAUUGCCCCACAGGUCGACUCGAUAGAAAACAGUUUGUUCAAGUUUAUCAGCAGUUUUAUCCAAAUGGAAAAGUAGAUAAUUAUUGCAAAUAUGCAUUCAAUCUAUUUGAUACUAAUAAUGAUGGUACAAUUGAUUUUCAAGAGUUUCUCUUAGCCAUGGCAGCUACAAGUCAAGGUUCUAUAGAUGCUCGUCUUGGCUUUGUUUUUGAUAUGUAUGAUAUUUCACAUAAUGGACUAUUAGAUCAAAAAGAUCUGACUGCAUUAAUCUCAGCUAUGUUUGAUCUUAUUGGUGAACGUGUUGAAAAAAUUGAUUGCGAUCCAAAAACACUUGCUGAAGGCAUUAUGGAACACCUUGAUGUGAAUGGUGACAAUAAAUUAGACAAGGCAGAAUUUAUUGCAGCUUGUAAAAAUAGUGAGAUUAUUCGUCGAUUACUUGCUCCUAAUAUUUAA